UGAUCCAAAAUCAGAGGACGAAGAUAAUAAUAAUGACACAACAGACACUAAAUGUGUUCAAAAAAGAAAGCGCAAACAAGCUCACAAACUACCACCACCACCUUCCAAUUUUGAACCACUGUACUGGAAUGAGGAUCCAAAACUUCCUGUCCACCAUAUAUCAAAACAAAUAUCAUUGAAGUACUUUGAGUUGAUCAAAAGGUUUCUGCACAUUUCUCUUCCCAUCCAUGCAUCAAUGCUUAAACAUUACUUUGAAAAAUUGGAACCAUUAUUUUCAAGCAUUCAUGAUGCCUCAAAACAAUAUUACAUUCUGAGUUCAACCAUUUUAGUGAAUGAAAUGAUAAUCAGAUUUUCAGGAAGAAGUGUUUACAUGGUCCAAAUAAAAAGUAAGCCCAUUUUAGAGGGUUUUAAGAUUUUUUCAUUAUGCAAAGCAGAAUAUACCUACACUUUUUUACCAACAUCACAUGUUUUACCAAAUAAUGUAACAAACGUGAAUGGUCUUAAUCAAACCGGUUCUUUGGUUCUUCAUCUUGUUAGGCAACUUCCAUGCUUGCAAUUCUCCUACGAUAUAUAUAUGGAUAAUUACUUUACAUCCAGGUUUUCAAAAAAAUUAAAAAUCGAUAAAGAUAUUAAAUUUGAUUGGGAUAUUUGUUCAGGUGUUGAAGUUGAUGGCAUGAAAGAUGAAGACCAAGAGAGACAAGUAAUUGAUGACUACAACCACCAUAUGAAUGACAUUGCUAUUAUUAAUGCAUAUCUUAUCACAAGAAAUUUAGGAUCCAUGCAAGUGCAUAAACAUUUUUAUAAUAAUUUUGUUUGGGGUCUUAAUGACUUUGCAAAUAAUGGUAGCAAAGUUCAAUUAAGAGAUCAUUCAAAAGAAAAAAAAUUGCAAUCAAAUUCAAAAGAAAAAAAGAAACCAUCGAAGGUCACAAAGCAUUUUAAACUCUCAGAUCUUCGUUUGGCAUUGAGAAAUCACCUUGCAGUGUAG